AUGGUUGCCGUGGAGCGACGAGGAAGUACUGUGCGUCGGCUGUUCAGGGUUAGUGGCCAGAUAACGCGACCCUGCGAGGGCGCCUCGCCAGAUAAUCUGAGCCUAAUACGAUUGGCAGAGGAAUACUUAAUUCAGAGGAUCGCCUCGUUUUCCGCAGUGUGCCAGCAGGAGCCGUCGCUGAAGCAUCGUGAAGACAUGGCCUGGGGAAGAGGCAUGAUCUACCAGCUAGCAGUAGCGGCUGUUUGCGUGGUGCUGCUGCAAAGCGCGAUGGCUGCUUCUCUGCAACGGCAGCCGUGGACCCUGGAAGAAAUAACAUCCAGCGAAUCUCCAUCACAAUCAAUGAAGAUCGAUUGGGCAAGAGGUCCAGUGGUCCUUGUCGAACACGAAGACCAGCUAUUUUCUAUGGAUUUCGAAGCGGAUACGAAUAAAGUGUUGGUGCCUAAGGAGGUAUUUGCGGAUGCUGGUGUUGUAGCGGCUCGGAUGUCAGAUGAUAAGCAGUACGUCCUCCUUGCCUAUGAUGCUAAGAGGGUAUUUCGACAUGGGGCAAGCGCACGCUAUAUGGUAUACAGAAUCGAUGAUGAAAGGGAAAAUAAGAUCCUUGGCAGAAGACACAAAACAGGAGAAAGGGUGACACAGAUCGGCGGUGGAAAACGCCUUCAACUGGUGACGUGGGGCACAAAAAGCCAGCUGGCGUAUGUGUACGGAAACAACAUCUACUACCUGACGUCGCCUGACGCUGAACCAAUACAGAUCACCAAAGACGGGGUACCGAACCUCGUCUUCAAUGGAAUCCUGGAGUCAUAUGCUAACGCAUGGUCCCACCCAGUGGAGACAGUGGGCCAGGAUGCAUCGCUGUUGUUUUCUCCCAACGGAAGGAAGCUGAUCUUUAUCCAGAAGAACGUCUCGUCAGUAGCCAGCGCCAGAUUCGUUUACUACGGCAGACCUGGAGCCCUGGAGAAUCAGUACGCUAACCUGAUUACCUUCCGCUUCCCCAAGGCCGGCACGCAGAUGGCCACCGUAGCGCUGAAGGUUGUGAGUCUGCCGUCUGAAGAUUGCCCCUGCCUGAGCAUUCAGCAGCUGCUGGCUCCAGUCGACGUCGUCAGCGAACAUCACUACCUUGAUUCAAUGGCGUGGGUUGACGACAACACCGUAAUGGCUUGGUGGAUGAAUCGCACUGCAAACGUAAGGCAAGAUGUGAUCUACCACCUUUCAAAUGACGUGAAGCAAAUUGCUGGGGAAAAGGUCUUAAAAAUAGAGCAGAAGAACGGCUGGGUAGACAUACAUCCAGCGUAUUUCCAAAAAGGAAAGGAGACUUCAACUUACGUGACGAUCCUGUGGCAGCCGCAUGACAACAACGUCAGUUUCCCUCACUUGGUCAAAGUGACCGGGAAUUCCACGAAAGCCAUCACAUCAGGAGAGCUGACAGUCACUAAGAUAUACGGAUGGGCCCCCAAUGGCACAGUGUACUACCAGGCCACCGAGGAGGGACGGCCGUCCACGCGGCAGGUGUUCGCCGUGGAGGAGGGCGGUGAGCCCCGCUGCCUAAGCUGCGCCCUGACCAGCCCAGAGGGCAACCUCUGCCAACGGGCCGACGCCUCCUUCAGCGACGACUUCGAGUGGUUCGGCCUCUCGUGUGUCGGGCCAGACCCGCGUUUCUCCAGGCUACUGACCACUGCUGCCCCAGAUGGCGACACGAAACUGACGUCAAACAGCAAAGAGCUGCGGAAGUUGUUGAAAUCUAGACUGCAGCCAGGGCGUCUGGAGGACUGGGUGGAGGUAGAGGGAGGGGUGGCAGCCCAGGUGCGCCUCCUCCUGCCCCCGGACCUCGACCCCAAUGGCUCCGAGAAGAGGCCCGCCAUCGUCAGUGUGAACGCCUACCCGGGCGCCCAAAGUAUAGGCGACUACUUCACAACGGACAUCGCCAGCUACUUCACCACCAACAGGCGGUACGUCUACAUCUACAUCGACGGGCGCGGCUCUGGGUGCAAGGGCGACAGGACGCUCUUCUCCGUCUACCGGAGGCUGGGUACUGUCGAAGUGGAGGACCAGAUCAGCGUCACCAAGUGGCUAACUGAGAAGUACCCCUUCAUCGACGGCUCACGUGUGGCCAUCUGGGGCAAGGGCUAUGGUGGGUACGCGGCCGCCAUGGCGCUGGCCAGAGAUGAGAGCGACGUCUUCAAGUGCGGCGUCUCCGUGGCUCCCGUAACCAGCUGGAUAUACGCCGACAUACGGGAGUCAGAGCGCUACAUGGGCUUUCCCACGCCAGAGGACAACGAGGAGGGCUACAACGCCAGUGACGUCACACGCCUAGCAGAGCGCUUCGCGGGAAAGAAGUUCCUGUUGAUGCACGGCACCGCGGACGACACUGUGCUCUACCAGAACUCCAUGGCGCUGGCUGCAGCCCUCGAGGAGGCCGGUGUGCUCUUCGACCAGCAGAGCUACCCGGACGAAGAGCAUGAGCUGAGCAGCGUAAAUGGUCACGUGUACCGUACCAUCGACGAGUUCUUCCUGAGGUGCUUCGACCGAACUCCUCUUCUGGUCGACAUUAUCAGCGAACUCAUCUCCUAGAGAUUUUUAUGCUCCAGUCUUAACCACUGCUGUAAAUUGUCGCAAAUAUUUCUCCAUAGCUGCUGGUUUUACAGAAACUACCGUUGCAGUUUAGUUAAAUCAGUAAGACUUUACACACUGUCGAUGUUAAUGUCUCCUUCUCUUUGGACAUCAGCUGUAUCCUACCUUGCUGUGUUAUAUGGCGUUCAGACCUUUAAAUGGUCCUGCUUAUACCAUGCACAUUGUUAACGAUUAUUUUAUAUCAGACAGUUCAGUUUUCCAUUUGAGCAAAAUGGAAAAUGUAAAUCACAGUGCCUAACGACAGCAAAGGGUGAUUUACGGUUACAUAAAUUUCACCUGUCAGGCGAGAGGAUAUCUAGGUUUAGAGCUCUGAAGAUGUGGAGGGUAGACAAAUUAGUUUCGUGGAAGAGGAAAGGGUUGGAGAAGCGAAACACAGUUUUUUACAAAAUUAACCUAAUUUGUUCCAAAAAAGUUUAUUAAAGCCAGACAUGCAAGUGGCGCCAGUUUAGAAUUCGCACCAGCCACCUACUAUGUGCUUAGCUGAAACAGUAUAUGAAGGGUGAUUUAGCUGUCCCCACUGCUAUCGUUUUAUACAAAUGUUAUAUUUUGCCUUUACAUUCCGUAGCUCGCUACCCAUAAACUAUUAGUCUUACUGAAAAAAAAUUAACACCACCUUUUUGUAGGAAAUUAAAUGUAGUUAAAUUCUGUACUGGGAUACGUUGUCGCUGAGGCAACGGUUUUCGAGAUAUUCAAGGAAAACGUGCAAAAGGGAUCCCCUACCAGUCAGGAUUUCUAGUACGUUGUUUCUGGCACUUCCUCCUAUCGCUGUACAGAAAUUUCCAACUGUACGAACUAUCUUCGACAUUCGACCCUUUAUGGUCAAUAUUGGUUGGGCUAUUACUCCACCAGCAUAGGAAGCUACUUUGUUAUCAUCGCUGGUUUAAACAGCCCCGUCAUUGUAAUAAACGAGAAAAGGAGUUACGCAAAAACUAUUAACGUUGACAAUUGGAUCCGAACCUAACCCUUACAUACACAGUAGUUUCGGAGUCAUGAGACCUGACACCGAUGUAUUUGUUUAUUUCAUGCUGUUAUAAUCCACUAAAUUAUUAUGUAAAAUUUGCACAAACGUCAGUUUUACAAUUUAUAAGUGCUCGACUAAGCCGGUGGCGUAAUAAGGCCAGUCUGUGAAGACCAAAAAAGGUCUAAAAAGGUAAAUAAUUCGUGCAGUCCUUACUACCCAUUACGUGCUUUGAUUUUCUUCAAAGGCGACCACUAACUAUCAAAUAACACAAUACUUGGCUCAUUCUUGACAUCAGGCGAAUUAAGUGCGGUAUAAACCACGCCACUUGCGUCUAAACACACACAUCUGGAUAUCUCCAGGAUGUCACUGCCAAUAACAAACAGCGAACUGAAAUUUCUCUAGCAAUACCAAAAUACAUUACAACUUGUAUUUAGUAUCAAAUAUUUACUAGUGUUAAUAAACUGUUUUUUCUACUAUU